UGAUGCCAGAAUAGUAAAAAGUUUGCUUGUCAAUUUUUGUGUGUGUAUUUUGUUUAUUUUUAACAAUAUUUAUCUUUGUUUAAUUUUACAAAUAUUCGUCUUAAUUUCGUUUCUCUAAAUUUUCACCAUACACAAAAAGAUCAUCUGAAUUCCAUGGCCUACAGACGUUAGGACACGUUUAAUGUGUUACGUGUGUAUAUUGUGUUUUUAACUAUUUAAUUCUUUAUUCCGAGUCCCAUUCGCGCAUUUGUGGGCGGACCAAGGUCUGAUUGACAGGCGAGGAAGCAAAUAAGCCAGAGCGGUGUAACGGCAGCAGCCAGUAGAGUGACGACAGGGCGUAACGCGAGAAGGGAUGGCCGCGAUGUGCAUUCAUCGGACGCGUUUGAAACACUCGGGGUUUAAAAUCAUGAUUUUUUGGUCAUCGCUGAUUUUAUUUGCGGCGUUAAGCGUCAGUUUAUGUGAUGACGGUCAUGAAAUGGAGGAGUUUUUAAAGAGAGAGUAUUCACUGUCAAAGCCGUACCAGAGUAUUGGUGUCUCGGGUUCGUCUCACUGGGAGCUGAUGGGAGAUGCUGUGGUCACCACUGAUCACGUGCGUCUCACUUUAGACCAGCAGAGCAAACAAGGAGCAAUAUGGAGCCGGAUUCCGUGUCAUCUGAAGGACUGGGAACUGCAGGUUCAUUUUAAGAUUCACGGUCAAGGCAAAAAGAAUCUGAAUGGUGACGGUUUGGCCGUGUGGUACACAAAGGAGCGAAUGCAGAACGGUCCUGUGUUUGGAAACAGAGACUUCUUCACAGGACUCGGUGUAUUCGUGGACACUUACCCUAACGAAGAGAAACUUUUGGAGGCCCAACAGAAGAGAUACACGCCCCGCACACAGAGGAUAUUUCCCUACGUGUUGGCCAUGGUGGGCAACGGCACGAUCAGCUACGAUCACGAUCGAGACGGUCGGCCCACAGAACUGGGCGGCUGUAAUGCGAUGGUGCGCAACCUGAAGCACGACACCUUCAUCUUCAUCAGAUACGUUCGUCGCAGGCUUACGAUCAUGCUUGAUAUUGACGGUCAGCAUGAAUGGAGAGAUUGCCUGGACAUGCCGGGCGUGCGACUGCCUUUGGGUUUCUACUUUGGAGCUUCAGCCGUCACUGGAGAUCUGUCAGAUAAUCACGAUCUGAUCUCCAUGAAGCUUUACCAGCUGACCGUCCUGCGCAGUAAACAGGAAGAGGAGCAGGAAGAAGAAAUCUUAAUACCCAGCGUGGACAACAUCGACUUAUACAGACCAUACACAGAUGUGGAGAGCAUGAGCAGCGUUGCCAUCUUCUUCACCGUACUCUUCUCCAUGUUGGGUUUGUUUCUGCUGGUGGUGGUGGGACUCGUCGUUUACGGACACUGGAAUGAAAACAGACGAAAACGCUUCUACUGACAGAACGCAGACGAUCACGAUAUAUGCAUCUUGAAGUUUUAUUAUUUAUUUAUUAUUUAUGUUUUUACACUGUACUGUAUUCAUAGUAAUAUUCCUUCAUCCUUUCUAAACACAAGCUGAAAUCUGUCACCGGGAUCAAUUCAGCGGUGCCGCUCAAGCUCGGGCUUCAGUGUUUUGUGCUAAAGAUUGUACGGAAUCAGCUCUGUGUCUCUGUUGACAUUGCUGUAGCCUUAACGUCCAAUAGUGGAUGCCGUUUUUAUAGAGACUUUUAAAAUGCCUUGAAAUCAACUGAAGGAAAACUCAAACCUCUUUAGCAGCACCAGUCACACUUUUUGAUUUGAAGUAUUUCAUCUUUUGGCUCGUCACUCUGCAGCGCCACCUGAGAGAUUUCUAAAAUAAGUUGAAAGUCUCCUGUUUGUUUUUAAAGGGUCUGCGCAGCAGUUGUGAUGUCAGAUGUAAAGGUCAGAGGUCAAUUAAACUGCUCGUGUUUGGAAAAAGCUGGUCCCAGAAGUUAAUCUUUAACCUUUGAUAUUACGUAUUUGUCUUAGGAGAACUACAUGAGGAGUUUACUACAAAACACAGCUGGUUUAUAAGUGUUAAGUUCAUGACAAUUUAGUGAAAGAUUACAUUCAUUGUAUGACAGAAGGUUUGUAUGUAAUUAAAAUAAUACUAAUAAUCUGUUCUUUCAGUACAUGCAAGUUAAUGGUCAUUUACAGAAACUUAAGAUAAAAUGUCAUAAAGGAAUUGGUUUGUAGUUAAUUUAUAUAACGUUGAAUUUACAUGUAAGUAUCAAGAAAGUCAUACAGACAGAAAGGUUAAGGUAUCAGUGCAGCUGAACAUAGCACAAGUAAACAGUUAAAUCAUACAAGCAAACCAUAAAUCAAUAUUAUGUCUGAUCAUCUUGGAAAAUCAGAUAAAUUCAUGGAUAGUUGAUUUAGGGGAAAAGAUGAAAAUCUGUGUAAACAAAGAAGUUCUUCUAGACAGGUGGCGUUUUAAUUAUGAUGUUAUUGUUCUGAGCAAUUUACACACCAAAUUAAAAUUCCAGUUUAAUGUUUGACACACACACAAAACUUUACCCUUAUUCUCAUGUCACCAUUUACUCGAUCUGUGAUCUUUUUGAACUCAACACAAACACAAAAUGAUUCUGAUUAUUUGAGAAUAAAAGUCAUUCUGUGUCACUGUGUAGAAA